AUGGCCGAGAACCGACAAGCGGAACGCCGGCCGAUUCAAACCAGUGCCGUGAUAGUACUCGGAGCAAGACAUGGACCGGCGCUCCCUCCGCCAUCUCCGCCAACACCAUGCGCCUCGCCAUCAGAUCGUGCACUGGUUGAGCCAACGGAGCCAUUCAGUCUAGAGGAGCAAAAUCAACAACGGCAACAAGAGGAAUAUGCGCCGAAACCCCACCAGCUCAGCCAUCAACCAUGUCCCCAAGAAUCCCCAUCCAAGGAAAGUCGUCUCCGGCGUGGCCUACAUGUUCUGAACACGGAAGCAUUAGCUUUGGCGGCUCUUGCAAAGUUGUAUGAGACUGAUCUAACGGCGCGUGAAGGGUUUGACAAAGCCGUUCAGGCUAUCACACGGCAAGAGUUAACAAGAGGAAAGCUCAUCGUCGUUGGUGUUGGGAAAUCAGGCCAUAUUGGCAAGAAAUUAGUUGCCACGUUACAAAGCCUAGAUGUCCGGGCCGUGUUCCUGCAUCCAACCGAGGCGUUACACGGAGACUUGGGUAUAAUUGACACCCACGAUACAUUGCUCUUCAUUACCUUCUCCGGAAGGACCCAAGAACUGAUGAUGAUGCUGCCACACCUGGACGACGCUCUACCAACCAUUCUUCUCACAUCUCAUACGCACCAUGAUACCUGCGAAUUCAUCAAACGACGUCCAAGUACCAUUCUCUUGCCAGCACCUAUUCCAGAGAGCGAGCAAGCAUCCUUUGGCGUUUCAGCACCUUCGACAUCGACGACUGUUGCGCUGGCACUAGGGGAUGCAUUAGCCAUUACAGUUGCCAACGAGAUGCGUCAUAAUGUGUCGGCUGCGUUUGCAAAAAACCACCCUGGAGGUGCAAUUGGCGCAGCAGCAACAUCCGCAUCAUCACCACAAACAAUGAGAAAUAUAUGCAUUCCCAUGACAGAUAUCCCCUCUUUAAAAAACACCCAUCCGUCUUCGGAGGCCACGGGCAUCGAUCUUCUCCGAGCAGCGUUCGACUCCAAGUCCGGCUGGGUGAGAAUGGGAGACCAAGUUGCAGCACCAAGUAGGAUUCGACAGAUUAGCAGCACUGGACUGAAUCAGCGGGUUGAAGAGUUGCCAAACCUGUUCGUAUCUCGCCACGACAUGAUUACCAUGUCGUGUGACAUGACAACCCACCGGGCCGGCAACUUAAUCCGUGCAACUCGCGGCGAUAACAUUGAUGGUAUCUCGUGUGGACCGGAGUCCAUAAUUUGUGUUACUGAAGGAGAGACAAUCAUUGGUGUGGUGGAAGCAUGUCAGCUUCUCGAGGUUACACAACGGCAGUAG